AUGGCCCAUUCCAAUGACCCUCCUUUGGACGAAAUCCAAUGGAGAUCUCCGCAAACCCUAGCUGGAAUGGGCGGUCUGCACUCCAACACCAUCCUGUUUUACUUUGCCGAGUCGCCGUUUUUCGAGCGGACAUCCAACAACGCCGUCAUCAUGAGUCAGGCCAUGAACAACAUGGCCAUGUAUCAUUACAUACAGACCCGCGAGGCCUUUGAAGGCCGGCUCAAGACCAUGUCCGGCCUGGAGUUUAUAGUCGGGGAAGAGCCUGCCGAAACAGGACCCGGGAUGGGCACGGGCGUAUGGGUCAUUCGCAAGCAGACCAGGAGGAAGCAGCAGUACCAGGAGGAUGACGAGAUUACGGUCCACGCGUCUUUUUUCGUCGUCGGCGAGAACAUAUACAUGGCGCCGACUGUGGCCGACAUCCUCGCGUCGAGAAUUAUGACCAUAUCGUCCUCCAUCGCCAAAGCAUUACCUGCCGCCGAGAGCGCGCGGAAAUGGCGCCCGUCCGUGGGCCACGUCUACCAAGUCCCUUCCAACCAGCCUUCUCGGAACAAGACGCAGGAACUGAAAGAAGGUAGCCCGACGGCCGACAACGCGAAUAAGCCGACGCCAGCCGCUACCCAUAAGAACGACGAACUGUCAUUGGAACGGUCUGCCGAAGAAGCCUUCAUGAUUCACAUGAGGCAUGGAGGAGAAUACGUCGACGAGAACCCCAUCACCGGGCGACCCGGUGAAUUCCAGCUGUCUUCAACCGGCAGAAAAGCAGUGCCCUUGCCCAGCAAGGGGCCCGAGGCCGGUGUCGGUGCUAUGAACGGGCCAGCAAUAAUAAACCCAAAGACAGACUUGAAGAAGGACUCCAAGUCUCCCAAGACGCCAAAGUCCACCACGACGCCCAAGUUGAAAAGGAAGAAGACCAAGAUGUCUGCGGCCAACACGCCAGUCGCGUCAUGA